AUGAAGCGUAAGUAUUACGGCUUUCACCGAAGCACUAUAUACAAGCGGCUCUUGCGCCAGAGUCGAGCAUAUUAUGCUGCAAUGGAGGAGCAGCGCAUCGCAUCAACCUCUUUGGUUGCAAAUGAUUCACCGGAAUUGCAAAUGCCCGAACUAAUGCCGGAAGUUUUAACGGGUAGGAGUUGUAUGUGCCUUAUUAACUGGAAUACAUAGAACUGCCUGUAUUGGCUGGCAGCGUAGACACAGUGGAAGGCAGAUGCUUGACGACGGAUUUGCGCGAAUUUUGUUUGAGAAGACGGUUUUGCAAACGAGGCGGUAUGUGCACAUCUGCUUGACUGUUUUCAGAUCCGGCAACUGGCCAUGGUAGGUGGUCGAAAUGAGGCAGAUUUCCUCAGAAACUUACUGACGGUUCUAUUGGGCCCGCCCUUAUGCCACAACUUCUGUUGGGUGGGCGGAUCCAAGGAGAAGAAGUCCUUCAUGGCCUGUCCACUUUUUUCUGUCCUUAGAGAUAAGUCCAAUUUUUGUUUAUUUUCACGCGCAGGUGCAACUGCCCAACAUCCCCGUUUUGGCAACUGCACUACAGAGAUAUUUAGAGGGACAGCAAUCAGGUGGUUUCAUGGAUCACAGGACCGGUACGGAGGAAGAUCGACACGUCGGCGGAACAUUCGUCAGGUACAAACUUUCGGGAUUUUCAUCCACAUUUAUUUAGACUACAGAAAUCACCAUACCUGCCGCCACAUACCCACAAUUAUCCCCCGCCAAAGAACCGGUAAGCAAAUUUAUCGAAUUGCCAAUCCUACACAGCAUGCUAUUUACUUCAUGUGAUUUUUACUAUUAAAAUCGUACGUAUUGGAUACAGUGUAUCAUUACUUCCGUUGCGCCUGCAUUACGUAUGUCUUACGAAAGUUUUUUUAUGCAGGAACUACCAAUGGCCAGUGGAAGUGACUUCGCAUCCUGGAUACGAAGGUCGCUGA